UUGUACUUCCAUGGCUGAUUUUCCUGAGAAUUGGUUGAACCCGCAUCCAAUGCAUCAAUAUUUGUCUGUUCCCACUGUGCCACCGCCACCACCACUGCAUCCUCCUACGUAUAUGAACUGCACGCUUCCUAUGGCACGUGAGCAAUAUCAGACGGUGAUGACUACAAGGCGUCAAUUUCAGCCGGCGCUUCCACCGCAUCAAUAUCCGCCGGCGCUUCAACCACUUCCUCCUCCCGUCAAUUCACUGCCGCGGGAGAAUGUGCUCCAACGUUGGAAUGUUCCUCCUAUAAGACGUCAAACGCUGCCGGCGGUGCAGCCUCCAUAUCCGCCGGCGCUUCAACCGCGUCCUCCUCCUCCUCCUACCGUCAAUUAUGAUAAAACUACUAUCCUGAUCAGGAAUAUUCCGUUUAGCUACAACCAUCAACGGAUGAUACAAUUUCUAGACUAUUUCUGCUUACAGGAAAAUGUGAAUGCAGAAAAUACCCAUUUAUUCGCUUAUGAUUACUUGUAUUUGCCUUACGAUAACAGAAACAAUAAGAUCAUAGGCUAUGCAAUUGUGAAUUUCACCGAUACAAGAAGUCUGCGGAAAUUUAUUUGGUCUUUCUGUGACGGAGGAAAAGUGUUUCCAGGUUCUAGAAGGCACGUUGUUUUUGCCAUUGCGUAUGUCCAGGGAAAAAAUGCUUUAGUGAAUACCUACCGAUAUGCGCCAGAAGCAAUAUGUUUUAAUCCUCCAAGAAAUGGUUAUUAACAAGUUUUCAUUUCUCAGAUCAGGUGAUGAAAUCCACCCUUUGUUGUAAUUUUCGUUUACGAAAUAUGAACAAGUUUGAGUAUAGCCAUUAACAGGGGCUCUUACUCCUCUGAUA